AAGUGCUGUGUUGUAGUUACAUUGUCUCGUACCUCGGCUGGUUACUUUAAGGAUAUUUUCAUUUGGAAGUUAACUAACAAAACAAGUUGAAAGCUAAUUACGUGUCGAAAAAUGCUUGGUUCAAAAACAAAGUUUUUUUUCUAUAACAUUAUUUCAUUUUUGUUUACUUGAAAUAUUGUGAGGAAAAAAAAAUGAAAUUUCUCAUCACCAUCGCAAUUCUAACACAGAUAGCAAACGUGUGCCAGGGGUCUGGCAAAAUUGAAAUAAAACUUAUUGAUUUAAACAACAAUGAAGGAAGGAGGUAUGACGGGACGUGCUGCGAACAGGAAUUCGACUUUUUCUUUGGUCAAGAUUCUACAUGCGAUGGCACUUGCAACCAUGUAUUUGAAUUCUGUUUGUCAAAGUAUAAUGGCUCACAGGGUAUGACAAAUUGUGAACUUGGUAAAAAACAAUCAGAGAAGAUAGAAAAUAACCACAUCAUCUUUGGAAACGAUGUGGGUGGACUAGAAAAUCCAGUGACUUUUCCUUUUGAUAUCUUGCCAGAAGAGGCCACAAUAGGUCUAAAAGUUGAGGAUUCUGUCUAUGCUGGUUACAGUUUUGAGCUCAUUGACAUCUUUAACUACACAAUAAAAUCUAGGUGGCUUCUUGGACAGCAGUUUAGAAAGAUUCCAUUGGUAGGACUAGUUAUUCAAAUGAACAUUGAGAUACGAGUUUAUUGUGAUAAUUCAUACUUUGGGUCUGAUUGCUCUCAAUAUUGUAAGGGUGUAGAUGAUGCAACAGGGCAUUAUACAUGUCAUCCAACUUCUGGCGAGAAAAUGUGUUUACCUGGUUGGACCGGCUCAGACUGUUUGAUAAAUAUUGAUGACUGUGUCAAUAACAAAUGCCAGACUGGCUCGACAUGUGUUGACAAAAUUGGAAGUUACAAUUGCACAUGUCCAAAAGGGAGGAAAGGCUUGUAUUGUGAAGAAAAUAUCAACGAAUGUGACAGUUCACCUUGUAACAAUGGCGGUACCUGCAAGGAUAAAGAGGAAGGUUUUACAUGCAUAUGUCCAUCUGAGUGGACCGGCACAUUGUGUGAAACUCCAUUUUUGGAGUGUAGUGAUACAAAAAUAUGUGUUCACGGAAACUGUAUAAAGCUGAAUGGCCUGGAUACUUGUAUAUGCGAGGAUGGUUGGACAGGAGAUUCAUGCAAUACACCUGAUAGGUUAUGUAAAAAAAAACCUUGCAAAAACAAUGGCACUUGUGAGGAAACAUUAGGGGAUUAUAAAUGUCAUUGUCCUGUCAAGUUUAUUGGCAAGGACUGUGAAACAAACAGAAUUGACUGUGACAGUAAUCCCUGCUUGAACAAUGGGUUUUGUGCUGAUUUUGAUGAUGAUUAUUAUUGUUUCUGUCUUGAUGGUUAUUCUGGCCGUAACUGUGAGAUCAUCACUGACCACUGUGUUAGCCGACCUUGUGAAAAUGGAGGAACAUGUAUAUCAGAGAAAGAUGGAUAUAAGUGCAUUUGCCCACCAAAUACAGACAGUCCGAACUGUGAGAUAAAGCUGUAUUUGGACCCAUGCCUAAGCGCUCCAUGUAACAACAAUGCAACAUGUGUGCCAGGAGAUGGAGAAGCUUUCACUUGUCAAUGUCAAAAAGGAUACACUGGGGAAAAGUGUGACAGUAAAAUAGAUUUCUGUCAAAAGUUGCCUUGCAAAAAUAGAGGAACGUGUCUGAAUAUAAAUAAUUCCUAUGAAUGCAUCUGUCCUCCUGGAUUUUCUGGAAAUAUUUGCGAAAUUGAUGUAGAUGAUUGUGCAACUAAGCCAUGUCAAAAUGGAGGAACUUGUCAAGAUUUUAUUGAUGGCUUUACCUGCCACUGUCUGGGUGGUUACACAGGUAAAAACUGUGACGAACCCUUACAAACCAGCACUACAGCUAAAGAAAUUGAUAAAUCAACAACAGCAGUCAAAUCACCAAUAACUGACACAUCAUCAACAGCUGACACAUCAACGACAGCUGACACAUCACCAACAGCUGACACAUCAACAACAGCUGACACAUCACCAACAGCUGACUCUAUAACUACAGAAGCUAUUGAAACUAUUUAUCCAACAUACCUAACAUUUGAAAUACGCACAAAGUCACCUACUGCUCCAAGUACAACAACCAAAGAUGGAGGUAUAGAAUACACUAAACCAGAUACAUCAACAGCAACAAUGGUAUCAACAGGUGUAAAUGAAACAACUACAACAACAAUUGUAUUAACUGAUGAUAAUGAAACAACUACAACAACAGCUGUAUCAACAGGUGUAAAUGAAACAACUACAACAAUAGCUGUAUCACCUGGUGAUAAUGAAACAACAACAACAGCUAUAUCAACUGGUGUUAAUGAAACAACUAUAGCAACAAUGGUAUCAACAGGUGUAAAUGAAACAACUACAACAACAGCUUUAUCAACUGGUGAUAAUGAAACAACAACAACAGCUGUAUCAACAGGUGUAAAUGAAACAACAAUGGUAUCAACAGGUGUAAAUGAAACAACUACAACAACAGCUUUAUCAACUGAUGAUAAUGAAACAACUACAACAAUAGCUGUAUCGCCUGGUGAUAAUGAAACAACAACAACAACAACAGCUGUAUCAACUGGUGUUAAUGAAACAACUAUGGCAACAAUGGUAUCAACAGGUAUAAAUGAAACAACUACAACAAUAGCUGUAUCAAGUGGUGAUAAUGAAACAACAACAACAGCUGUAUCAACUGGUGUUAAUGAAACAACAAUGGUAUCAACAGGUGUAAAUGAAACAACUACAACAACAGCUUUAUCAACUGGUGAUAAUGAAACAACAACAACAAUAGCUGUAUCAACUGGUGUUAAUGAAACAACAAUGGUAUCAACAGGUGUAAAUGAAACAACUACAACAACAGCUUUAUCAACUGAUGAUAAUGAAACAACUACAACAAUAGCUGUAUCGCCUGGUGAUAAUGAAACAACAACAACAGCUGUAUCAACCGGUGUUAAUGAAACAACAAUGGUAUCAACUGGUGUAAUUGAAACAACAACAACAACAGCUUUAUUAACUGGUGAUAAUGAAACAACUAUAGCAACAAUGGUAUAA